AUGUCGGCUGCUGGCGGAGGAGCUUUCGGAGCGGGCAAAGCGGGCGCUCCAUUCGACCCCAUUCAGUAUCUUAAAAAGCCACAGGUCAUUCUUCGGACAGUUAGUGUGGUGUUUGCAAUUGUAGUUUUUGGCUGCAUCUCCUCGAAAGGAUGGUUUGGCCAUUCCUGCAUCAUCAAUAAUGACGACAAUGCCUGUGGAUACGGCACAGGUGUAGGAGUCUUAGCAUUUCUCAUCUGCUUGGGAUUUCUAAUUGUGGAUGCAUUCUUUGAGAAUUUGAGCAGUGUACAGCACCGGCGGUACGCUGUACUGGCCGAUCUUGGCAUCUCAGGUUUGUGGACAUUUUUAUGGUUUGUCGGCUUCUGCUACCUGACGGAUGCCUGGCGCCGCACAGAGAAAGAUCCACCUCAUGGGAAAGACAACGUCCAAGCAGCCAUAGCAUUUUCCUUUUUCUCCAUAUUCACAUGGGGCGGACUGACUUUCUUGGCUUUACGUCGCUACCGUCAAGGUGCCCAAGAGGCUUUUGCUACCGGAUACGAUCAGGAUCCGAAUGCAUCAUCUCCUUACAGUUCCUUCCCAGGCAGUGACACGGGGGACCCUUACCAACAGCCACCAUUCAGUCAACAGAAGGAAACCCCUGACUACCAGCAACCAACUUACUGA